AUGUCACGAAUCCUCGAGGCCAAUAUGGCUCACGAAAACGUUUGGUUCUCCCACCCAAGACACUACGGUAAGGGUUCUAGAAAGUGCAGAGUGUGUGCUUCUCACUCUGGUUUGAUCAGAAAGUACGGUUUGGACAUCUGCCGUCAAUGUUUCAGAGAGAGAGCCACUGACAUUGGUUUCCACAAGCACCGUUAA